UUAUUAUUUAAUCUUUAGUUUUUAUUGUUUUAAGUUUUUUGAUUUUGUAAGUGUACUCUAUUGUAACACAUUAGUGUACGCUAAUAGUUUUUCUCUGAUCGACGUGUAGUAAUCUGAGUAGUACUAGUCUAGUAAGCAAAAUAUUUGACCAUUUGGUAAUUAUUAAUUACUAUUUAGAAGAUGGUGAAAACAUCGUCAGAAAUAAAUACAACCCCUUGCACUCGACUAAGAUUGAAAAAUGAAUUGUCUUCUUCUAGAAGAUCAUUAAGAUACAAAAGUACUGAUGAAAUACCAAAUGAAUGUGAUUCACAUAUUAAUUCUUCAAAAAAAAAAACUCCACAAUCUACUAAAAAAGUUAAAAACGAAAAUGAUGAAGAUAAUAGAAAUGUUGUAAAUUCAAAAUUAUGUGGGAUUAAAUUGAAGAUAAAGCGUAUAGAUGAAUUGAAUUAUGUAUCAACGUCCUCUCCUAACACAUUAAAAAUGACCAAUACAAAACUUCAAGAUAAUAAGUUGCACAAAAUGCCAUGUCUUCCAAUUACACCAAAAAAGAAUUCAAGAAAAUCACUGCGCUGGAGUGAACGCUAUGAUGAUGAUGUUAAAAAUUUAGUUGAGGCUAUAAUUGAUGGUGACAUUACUGAUACUGAAGAUGAAUUAAAUGAAGAUGAAUUAAAUAUGCCAAAAAGACAGUCACAAAGAAUUUCUUCAUCAUUUUAUAGAAAAUCAAAUGGCAUGAGUAAUAUAUUAUCAACUAAACGUUUAAGAAAAUCUGUUGAUCGAUUUGGUGAUGUGAUAGAUUUAAAUGAAAUUGAAAUACCGGAGUCUCCUGAAAGAAAACGCAUGGGACAACCUGUCGACGAACAUAUUAACACUCCUAAAAGAAGUAAAAAAGGUAGAAAAACAUCAAUAAUUGAGAAAGAUGAAAAUGCAGAUUUUAAUAUUGAUGAUUCAAGGACUCCAAUAAAUAAGAAAUCAAGAAAAUCGCACCGCUGGAGUGAACGUAAUGAUAAUGAUCUUUUAAAUUUAUUUGAAGAGCCUAUGACUGAUGAUGAUGAUGAUGAUGAUGAUGAUGAAUUAUUAAACAUGCCAAAAAAUUGUUCAAGGAGGGUUUCUUCAUCAUCAUCUAGGAAAUCGAAUGGCAUGACUAAUACUUCACCAUCUGCAUUAAUUAAACGUCCAAGAAAACCUGUAGAUCGAUUUGGUGAUAUUGUAGAUUUAAAUGAAAUUACACCGGAUUCUUCUGAAAAAAAACCCAGAAGACAAUCUGUUGAUGCAUAUUUAAAUACUCCUAAAAGUAACAAAAAAGGUAGAAAAAUAUCAAUAAAUGAUGGAGAUAAAAAUGCAGAUAUUGACAUAGAAACUUGGAGGACUCCAAAGAAUAAACAUUUAAGACAAUCUGUCACACCUCGUUCUGGUUCAAAAGCGCGCCGAAGUAUUUUACAAGAUAUACCAGAAAAUAAAGAAAUUGAAAUUUCGACACCAAAAACACCAAGAAAAACUCCUAAAACACAUGUUAAAAACUUGACAGCAUCAGUGAGCAAAAGAUUGGAUAGUGGAGCAAGGGUUCCGUGUAGUCCUUUAGAAAAAGCAAGAGCAAAUUUACAUUUGCAUGCUGCUCCUAAACAUUUACCAUGCAGAGAAUUUGAAUAUAAAUCUAUACAUUCUUUUUUGGUUAGAAAAAUUAAUGAUGAGUUGACAGGGAGUAUGUAUAUUAGUGGUGUUCCUGGUACUGGAAAAACAGCUACAGUUAAGAGAGUAAUAGAUUCACUAAAUGCUGAUUUAUUAAUGAAACACAGUUUUAAAUUUGUUGAAAUAAAUGGCUUAAGGCUUGCCAAUCCACAUCAAGCAUUUUCAGUCAUAUGGAAAGAGUUAAUGGGGGAAACAGUAUCAUCUUCUCGAGCUCAAACACUUCUUAAUGACUAUUUUUCAAACAAAAAAGUUAAAGAAUUGUCUACAAUUUUAUUAGUUGAUGAAGUGGACCAUAUUUGUAAUCGUAAACAAGAUGUUGUAUAUAAUAUACUUGAUUGGCCUAGUCAAACUGGUUCAAAAGUGGUUGUAAUAACAAUUGCAAAUACAAUGGAUUUGCCCGAACGAGUAUUACGAGGAUGUGUCACUAGUAGAAUGGGAUUGACCCGAUUAGUAUUUAAGCCAUACACAUUCCAGCAGUUACAAGAAAUAAUCAUGAAUAGGUUGAUAGGAAAUUCUACAUUUGAUCCAGACGCUGUUCAAUUGGUUGCAAGAAAAGUAGCAGCAAUAUCAGGUGAUGCAAGAAGAGCUCUAGACAUAUGCCGUCGAGCUAUUGAUUUAAUUAAGCCAGAAGAUGAUUCACAAUUAAUAACCAUUAAGCAUGUUGAUCAGGUGUUAAAUUCAAUACUUUCUGGUGUUCGUGUAACUGCUAUCAGGUGUUGUUGUAUUUUAGAACAAUAUUUUCUCAGAGCUCUAAGUGAUCUAACAUCUAGUACGGGUAUUGAGCAUAGUACUAUUGACUCAGUUUAUACACAACUGAAAAGCAUUUGCUUGCUUGAAGGUGAAGAAUUGCCAAAUGAGCAACAAGUGCUUAUAAUUGCAUACCGAUUAAGAGAUAGUGGUCUAAUUUUUUUGGAAAAAAAAAGAUGGGACAUAUUCCGUAAAGUAUCCCUCAAUGUCAGCCCAGAGGAUAUUAGUUAUGCUUUAGAUAAGUAUAAUGAUUAGGUUGAUUUUUAAUAAUAAUCAUAUUUGUAUUAUUCUAUUUAUUUUUUCUUAUUGUGACUUUUAUACUUGGUAUAUUCAUUUAAAAUUUUUAUUUUAUUCAUUUCUAUUUUUAAUUUACCAAAAUGAGUUUUUUUUUAAAUGUUUUAACUGUCUGUCAUUACUCUUUUAUGUUAUGCUACUUUUUAAACAUUUGAAUUGUAUUAGAAGUAAUUAUAUUAUAGAUAUUCCUAUUUAAA